AUGAAAAAAUUCACAAUAGCAAGCGUAACUGUAGUAGCAUUUAUAAUCCCAGCAAUUUCAUUAUCAACAAACUUUAAUAAUAGUAAUAUUAAUAACAAAACCAAUACAAAUAAAAUCAAUUACCAAAUUGACACUAAAAAAAUGACAAGUGAUUAUCAACAUGUUAAAAGAGUAUUAAUUAGUGGUAGUAGUGGAUUUAUUGGUCAAAACCUUGUAGAUAACCUAAAAAAUAAUGAAAAGUAUGAAGUAUUUAGAUUAGUAAGAAGACAACCAAACAAUGCAUUCGAAAUUGAAUGGAAUCCCGAAAAAUCAUCAAUAGAUAAGGAUGCAUUAGAGUCUAUACAACCAAAUAUAGUAGUUCAUCUCGCUGGUGAAAAUAUUCAAGGUUUUUGGACUGAAGAUAAAAAGAAAAGAAUUUUAGAAAGUAGAACUAAAAGUACUAGAACUCUUGCAGAAGCAGUCACCAGUGUUUCACAUCCACCAGAGUUAUUUAUAUCUGCUUCCGGUUGCACAUAUUAUGGUAGUGAUAUUUAUGAACCAGUCGACGAAUUUUCAGGUAAAGGAAAAGGAUUUUUCUCGGAUGUUGUCGAAAAAUGGGAGGGUAGUUGCGAGCCUAUUUUAAAGUAUAAUCAAAAUAUUGUCAAUCAAUUCAUUGAUGAAUCAUCAAACUCAAUUUCAAAUAGUGCAUCAGAUUCCAAGCAACCAAUAAGAGUUGUAAAUCUAAGAACUGGAUUGGUAUUAGGUAAAGAAGGUGGUUUGUUAGGUGCAAUGUACUAUCCAUUUUUAUUUGGAUUGGGUGGCGUCAUUGGAUCUGGUAAACAAUAUUUACCAUGGAUCAGUCUCAGAGACACUAUUGGCAUUAUUAAUUAUACUAUGGAAAAUCCUCAAGUUAAUGGUCCAAUUAAUGUAACCUCAAUUAAUCCAGCAACAAAUUAUGAAUUUACUAAAGCAAUGGGUCAAGUUUUAAAUAGACCAACAUUCUUAUGGGUACCUGAAACUCCUUUAAGAUUAUUACUUGGCAAAGAUAUGUCAGAAGAAACCGUUUUAAGUAGUCAAAGAGUUUUACCAACAAAAUUAUUAAAUUAUGGAUUUAGAUUCCAAGAUACUAAUUUGGUUGAAACUCUUGAUGAUAUUUUAAAUAAAAGCAAAAAAUGA